AUGCCAAGCGGAUGCACCGAGGAGCAAGCGGAGGAGCUGCGGCGACUGCUGCUGCUCUCCAGCUACAAGGACACGCUGGACAAGUUGGUCCUCCAGCAGCGGGCACAGCGUCUGACGGGUGCGAAGCCUCUGUCGUUGCCUGCCUCGCUGCGGAGACGUCGCAGUUCCGCGAUGGACCCAAAGCCACCGCCGGAGCGGGUGCUGAUCACCGGCAAAACGCUGCCACGCCUGGAGGAGCUGCUGGGCAAGCCGGAGGACGACACUGAGCAGCUGGAUGAGAGCCUGCUGGAUGCCCUGAAGUUUGAGCGGGAUAUGGAUGCACUUCGAACGGUCUUCGAGGCAGCCAUGGAUCAGCUGCGGACAGACAAGGAGAAGGUCGAAAGUGGGGAGGAGCCCAGAGAGGAAAAGACUUUGGAUAAAGCCAUCAGUGCGCUGAGUGGCAACAACAGCGAGGAGUCGCAAGCAUCCAAGCAGCUGCAGGAAUCCAAGGAUGAGCUCAAAGAGCUGAAGGAGGAGCUGGAGAAGCAGAAGAGCGACUGCCAGGCACGGCUGAAGGACAUCGAAGAGCGUACCGCCGAGACCAAGUACAAUCUGCGCUGUGUGUCGCGGGUCAAUGAUCUCGAGUACAAUCUCGUGCAGCGCUGGGAGGCAGGACGCAUCACCCAAGCCACAAUCUGGGGCGAGAACGCCGAGCGGGCCUACCUCCGCGACAUCCUCGACUACAAGCAGCGCUUGGCACGGGAAGAACGGGUCAGCGGUGAGCUGCGUGCCUUCCGGCAGCAGGAGAUCGUGGAACUGCGGCAGCGCAUCAAGGAUUGGCAGGUGCGCUACACCAGCGACAUGCGCCGUGUGGAGCGUGAGGGCGAGGCCUGGGAGCUGCGGAUACUCGAGCAGGAGAAGCUGCUGCAGCGGCAUCGCGAGAUCUACGCGGAGCGAGUGGAGUUCGUGCAGGAGUAUCAGGCCAAGAAGGACGAGGAGCAGCGACUGCAUGAUCUGCAGGUGCAUCGCAUGGAGUGCGCCAUUAAGCUGCAGGCCUGGUGGCGGGGCACGAUGGUGCGGCGUGGCCUGGGUCCGUUUAAGAAGAAGCCCAAGCGAGGCAAGCGCGGCAAGGGCAAGAAGUAAUAACUACACUGAGA